CACUUACUGUGGGACCUAUUAUGAAUAAAUCAUCUUUAGGGUAUCGUGCUCAUUAUAUAUGUUCACUAUGUUUCCAAAAACAAGAUGGGCAUUUGUAUGAAAGGCUACAUAGAAAUAAUCUUAUAAUGUUAUGUACUGAACUUGAAAGACACCAAAAUGAUACAAAUGACACUCUGAUAGAUAUUAGAAGUGAAGUAUCACAAGUGCAUCUUCCUAGUAGUCUUCUCAUUAAAACUGCAAUAAAAAUGGCAAAAAUUGACCCUAAUAAAUUAAUAGAAAAAUACUUAAAAAUUACUUCAGAAAAAGGCAACAAUUAUAGUAAAUUCAAAUAUGCAAGUUCAGUUGUGCAUUUUUUGGUACAAGUUCAUGAUGAUCCACAAUUUCAAAAAUUACUUGAAACACAAAAUAUUUUUGGAAAUCUUAUAGAUCAGGAAACUAUAAUGCAAAAAAUUAAAGCAGUACAAUGUGAAAGAGAUUACUCUCUUUGGUCAUUAGUCACAAAAUUAAUAUCUGAAUUUAAAGUCCAAGAUAAAUAUGAGUUAUUCAAAGACAUGCCAAAAAUUAAUAAAAAAGAUUUUAAAAAAAUUUUUGCUUGCUAUGAGUUAGGAAAAUUACAUCUUGAAGCAAUACUUAAGCAGGACUACAUAAAACAGAGUGAUAUGUAG